AUGGCUUCUGAGGGAACGACUCGAGCUGAUACUGGUAGUAGUGAAGCAGGAGAACCCAUUACUGCACAGCAUAUGAUGGAACUUCUGCGCACGCAGGCUGCAGCUUUUGCGGCCCAGCAACCUAAACAGCCAAUAGAGCCAGUGGUAACCUUUAAAAUGUUUCAAUCUGUGCAUCCUCCAGAGUUCAAAGGAACAGCGGAUCCAAUUGAGGCCAGUAAUUGGUUGAAAGAGAUUGAGAAGGCAUUUGAAUUGGUUCGAAUAGGGAAUGAACAGAAAACAGGAUUCGCGAGUUACUUUUUGAAAGGAGAAGCUAAUUACUGGUGGGAGUCUCGGAAAGUAGUAGAAGGUACAUGUACAAUUACUUGGGAAAGAUUUACAGAGUUAUUUCUUGAAAAGUACUUUCCUACUUAUAUGCAAGAUCAAAUGGAAGUUAAGUUCUUAGAGUUGAAACAAGGAAAUAUGAGUGUAGCGGAUUAUGAAGCAAAAUUUACAGAGCUUUCUAGGUUUGUUCCCGACUAUGUUGAUACUGAGGGGAAAAGAGCAAAACGAUUUCAACAGGGACUAACAACUUGGAUUAGAAGCCGAGUAGCUAUGUUUGAGUUGAAAGAUUAUACAGCUGUUGUCCAAAAAGCAAUGAUUAUUGAAGGAGAAAGUGAUUUUUCUCAAAAAGAGAAAGAAGGAAAGAAGAGAAAGAUGGAAGCAUCUGAAGGAGGUCAACACCAGGGGAAUUUUAAUAACAGGAGUGGAAGAAAAACAGAGUUUGGGUUUAGAAGGAGUGAGCAGUUCAGGAAUCCAGAAGCAAGAAGUGUGAUACGAAGUAAUCUCCCACAAGUGUCUAAUCAGGAGCGCAUAAUGAGGCCACCAUUGCCAGAUUGUAAGGUCUGUGGACGCAAACACCUAGGACCAUGCAGAAAAGCUAAUAUUGAAUGUUAUAGAUGUCAUAAAAAGGGGCACUAUGCUACGGAAUGCCCAAAUAUGAAGGCUCCGACAAGUAAUAUUUGUUUCAAGUGUGGGAAACCAGGUCACUACGCGAGAGAUUGUAGAAGCGUAUUUCCAGCCAACUCAGCAGCAUCGUCCGUCAAUCAACCUAAGGCCAGGACUUUUAAUAUGACUAUGAGAAAUGCCAUUCAGGACUCCAAUGUGAUUGCAGGUACGCUUUCAGUAAAUUCCAUGAAUGCUAAGGUGUUAAUUGAUUCGGGAGCUACCAGAUCUUUUAUAUCCAUGGAUUUUAUGAGUAAAGUCAAUAAUAAGACUCAACCAUUAGAGCAACCUUUAAUGAUAAAAAUUGCUGAUCAACAUCGUAUCCCCGUAGAUAAGAUUUGUCCUCAAUGUGUCAUAAAUAUAUGA